AUGGAUAAUAAUAACUAUGGUUCAUCUUCUCCAUAUCGGCAUCCAAACCCUUAUAUGUAUCCCCCUAAUCCUAACCCUAACCCUAACCCUAAUCCUUAUCCACCAUAUUCACCUCAAGGUCCAGUUCCUGAUCCAUUUGCACAUGCUCAUCCACCAUAUCCACCUCAAGCUCCAGUUCCUGAUCCAUAUGCACAUGCACAUGCUCAUGCUCAUGCUCCUCCUUAUCCAUAUCCUUAUGUUUCUUCACAUUCCUUGAAUUAUUCAUAUCCUAGACCACCAUCAUUAUCACCAUCACACUCAUUCAAUUCUACCUCCCCCGCCCCCGCCCCAUAUGAGUAUCCAUACCCUCCUCCUCCUCACCAUCAUCAUCAAUUAGUAUCCUCACCCUCAGCUCCACCCUCUUAUCCUUCUUAUCCCUACAAUGUUUCUCCAGGGACUCAUAAUCCUCCUCAACCUUCCCUUUCACAUCAUGCUAGCUUAUUACAACAUGGAUCAUCCUCUCAUCAUUAUUAUUAUCCACACAAUGCUUCUCAUGAAGAACGUCCCGAUGUACAUUCGCGUCAUAAUAGCUUCUCUGGUCAUUACUGGCAUGACACAUCAAGUUCAACAGCUGUUGGUGGUGGUGUAUCGCAGAGUAGUGGUGGUGAUAAUUCCAACCCUUCUGCUUAUCCACGUUUGGAUGAUCUAAUGAGCAAUGUUAAGUUGUCUGAUAACCAACCGACUGCUCCUGCAUCGCCUCCUGCUCCUGCUGCACAACCUUUUAUGCAUUCAGUUUCGGUACCAAAGAUUCAACAGAAGAAAGAGGAUUUUUAUGGACAUUCUUCUAAUAACUCCUUCUCGGGUUGGGGGUCCUCAUACCCGAACCGAGUGAACUCGGGUAGACUUUCGGAUUAUUCUGGUUCAUUUAAUGACUCGAUGCAUAGUCAGAGCUUGCAGGUUGUACCGACGCAGAAUAAAGGGUCAUUGAAAGUUUUGCUCCUUCAUGGAAAUUUAGAUAUAUGGGUUCAUGAAGCUAAAAAUCUUCCAAAUAUGGACAUGUUCCACAAAACAUUGGGGGAUAUGUUUGGUAGAUUACCGGGUAGUGUGAGCAAUAAAAUUGAAGGAACGAUGAAUAAGAAGAUUACAAGCGAUCCUUAUGUUUCAAUUUCAGUUUCAAAUGCUGUAAUUGGAAGGACUUUUGUCAUUAGCAACAGUGAAAAUCCUGUUUGGACUCAACAUUUCUAUGUUCCUAUUGCGCAUAAUGCUGCUGAAGUGCAUUUUGUUGUUAAAGAUAGUGAUGUUGUGGGUUCCCAGCUCAUUGGUAUUGUGGCGAUUCCAGUGGAACAAAUAUACUCAGGGGAACAAGUUGAAGGAACUUACCCUAUUCUGAAUAAUAAUGGGAAGCCUUGUAAGCAAGGUGCUGUACUGAGCCUGUCCAUUCAGUACAUCCCAAUGGAGCAUCUGAGCUUUUAUCAUCAAGGAGUUGGAGCAGGGCCUGAAUAUAUAGGUGUUCCUGCUACUUAUUUUCCUUUGAGGAAAGGUGGAAAUGUUACUCUAUAUCAAGAUGCUCAUGUUCCAGAUGGUAUCCUCCCUAACGUGUUGCUUGAUAGUGGGAUGUUUUAUGUGCAUGGAAAGUGUUGGCAUGACAUAUUUGAUGCCAUAAGGCAAGCUCGCCGCUUGAUUUAUAUUACAGGAUGGUCAGUGUGGCACAAAGUUAGGUUGGUAAGAGAUGCCGGUUAUGCAUCAGAUUAUACAUUGGGUGAUCUUCUGAGGACAAAGUCACAGGAAGGAGUAAGAGUGCUUCUCCUUAUUUGGGAUGAUCCUACAUCAAGAAGUAUUUUGGGUUAUAAAACAGAUGGUGUCAUGGCAACUCAUGAUGAGGAAACUAGACGAUUUUUCAAGAACUCAUCAGUGAAUGUGCUGCUUUGUCCUCGCAGUGCUGGAAAACGCCAUAGCUGGGUCAAGCAAAAGGAAGUUGGAACUAUAUAUACACAUCAUCAGAAAACUGUAAUUGUGGACGCUGAUGCUGGAAAUAACAGAAGAAAAAUUGUAGCAUUUGUUGGCGGACUUGAUUUGUGUGAUGGCCGAUAUGAUACUCCUCACCAUCCUCUCUUCAAGACAUUAGAAACAAUACAUAAGGAUGACUAUCACAACCCUACUUACACGGGUAACACGGGUGGUUGUCCAAGGGAGCCAUGGCAUGAUUUGCAUUCCAAAAUUGAUGGUCCGGCAGCUUAUGAUGUCUUAACUAACUUUGAGGAGCGCUGGUUAAAAGCUUCAAAACCACAAGGGAUAAAUAAGUUGAAAAUUUCAUAUGAUGACGCUUUACUUAGACUGGAAAGAGUUCCAGACGUUAUUGGCAUUAACGACGCUCCUAGUGGUGAUGAUGAUCCUGAAUCAUGGCAUGUUCAGAUAUUUCGUUCAAUUGAUUCAAAUUCAGUUAAGGGAUUUCCAAAAGACCCAAGAGAGGCAACUGGCAAGAACCUUGUAUGCGGGAAGAAUGCGCUGAUUGACAUGAGCAUACAUACAGCAUACGUGAAGGCUAUUCGUGCUGCACAACAUUACAUUUAUAUCGAGAAUCAAUAUUUCAUAGGGUCUUCUUACAAUUGGAGUCAACAUAAAGACCUUGGUGCUAAUAAUUUAAUUCCGAUGGAAAUUGCUCUAAAGAUUGCGGAAAAGAUUAGAGAAAAUGAGAGGUUUGCAGUUUAUAUAGUUAUUCCAAUGUGGCCAGAAGGUGUUCCAACAGGUGCUGCCACACAAAGGAUUCUAUUCUGGCAGAAUAAAACAAUGCAAAUGAUGUAUGAAACGAUUUACAAGGCUUUAGUUGAGGCUGGGCUUGAAGCAGCAUUCUCUCCACAAGACUAUUUGAACUUUUUCUGUCUUGGUAAUCGAGAGGCCAUAAAUGUGUAUGAAAAUGUCAAUGUAUCAGGAAAUCCUCCCCCAGCAAAUAGUCCACAAGCAAAUAGUCGAACUAGCCGACGUUUCAUGAUUUAUGUUCAUUCAAAAGGCAUGAUAGUUGAUGAUGAAUAUGUGAUUGUUGGAUCUGCGAACAUUAACCAACGCUCUAUGGAAGGAACAAGGGACAGCGAGAUUGCAAUGGGAGCAUACCAACCUCAUCAUACCUGGGCAAGAAAAUAUUCAUAUCCACUUGGACAGAUCCAUGGAUAUAGGAUGUCACUUUGGGCAGAACAUACUGGAACACUUGAUGACUGCUAUUUGCAACCUGAGAGCCUUGACUGCGUACAAAAAGUUAGAGCAAUUGGUGAAAUGAACUGGAAACAAUUUGCAGCAAAUGAAGUAUCAGAGAUGAGAGGGCAUCUUCUAAAAUACCCUGUAGAUGUUGAUCGAAAGGGGAAAGUCAGAUCACUUCCCGGUUAUGAAGAGUUUCCUGAUGUAGGAGGGAAAAUUGUUGGAUCAUUUCUUGCCAUGAAGGAGAAUCUUACCAUUUGA